ACAAAGAGGAAGACUUAAUGUUUACAAGGGAAGUGAGAGUUGUGUAAGGAGUCUUCACCUCAUGCUGAUGCUGGAGAACUGAGAGGUGUUCUUCCAUCAUGGAGGCUGUAGUCGACUUCCUGAAUGCGUUCAUCGGCGAGGCCAGUGGAUUUUCUGUGACGCUCAGCCUCUUCCUCGUCUUUCUGGGUCUCCUCUACUGGUAUUCAGUCUACCCAUUUUCUGUCCUCUCUCGAUGUGGCAUCAAACAUCCAAAGCCAGUUCCUUUCUUAGGCAACAUAUUCAUGUUUCGCCAGGGAUUUUUCAACCCAAUCUCUGAUCUUAUAAAGACACAUGGCAGGAUAUGUGGGUAUUAUUUGGGCCGCAGACCGGUGGUGGUGGUAGCAGACCCUGAUAUGCUCAGACAAGUGAUGGUCAGGGAUUUCAGCAGCUUCCCUAACAGAAUGACGAUUCGCUUUGCCACCAAGCCCAUGACCGACUGUCUGCUCAUGUUGAGGAAUGAACGGUGGAAGAGAGUGCGCAGCAUCCUGACUCCAUCCUUCAGUGGUGCCAAAAUGAAAGAAAUGGUUCCACUCAUCAACACAGCCUCUGAUGCCCUGAUGAACAACCUGAAUGUCCACGCUGAGUCAGGAGAGGCCUUUGACAUCCACAGGUGUUUUGGCUGCUUCACCAUGGACGUCAUUGCCAGCGUGGCAUUUGGAACUCAGGUGGACUCUCAGAACAACCCAGAUGACCCGUUUGUCCACCACGCUCAGAUGUUCUUCUCCUUUUCCUUCUUCAGACCCAUCAUGUUGUUUUUCAUUGCUUUUCCGUUCAUCAUGGCUCCUCUGGCGAGAUUCAUCCCCAACAAAAGACGAGACCAGAUGAAUCAGUUCUUCAUCAACAUCAUUCAGAAGAUCAUCAAGCAGAGAGAGGAGCAGCCUCCUGAGCAGAGGCGUAGAGACUUCCUCCAGCUGAUGUUAGAUGCUCGAACCAGCAAAGAGAUGGUGUCGUUGGAGCACUUUGACACAACAAACCACGCAGAUGAGCUGGACCACAGGAACCAGCGGACACAGGCGUCGGCCUCGGAUCAGGACAGCGGCCAUCCGCACCCACAGGAGUCACCCGUCAGGCGGCCGCAGAAGAAGAAGAUGACUGAGGAUGAGGUUGUGGGUCAGGCUUUUGUCUUCCUCCUGGCAGGUUAUGAAACCAGCAGCAACACGUUGGCCUUCACCUGCUACCUUCUGGCCCUCCACCCUGAGUGUCAACGCAGAGUCCAGGAGGAGGUGGAUGAUUUCUUCACCAGACAUGACUCACCAGAUUACACAAACGUCCAGGAGCUGAAGUAUUUGGACAUGGUUGUAUGUGAAGCAUUACGCCUCUACCCACCUGGAUUCAGGUUUGCGCGUGAAAUCGACCAAGACUGUGUGGUGAAUGGUCAGAUGCUUCCUAAAGGAGCGACACUGGAGAUCCCAGCAGGCUUCCUCCAUUCUGACCCAGAGCACUGGCCAGAGCCGGAGAAGUUCAUCCCUGAAAGGUUUACAGCAGAGGCCAAGGCCAGUCGACAUCCGUUCGUGUACCUGCCGUUUGGGGCCGGCCCCCGAAACUGUGUGGGAAUGAGGCUCGCCCAGCUGGAAAUCAAAAUGGCUCUGGUGCGUCUGUUCGGCAGGUUCAGCAUCGUGGCCUGUUCUGAGACCAAGGUUCCUCUCGAGUUGAAGUCAUCGAGCACUCUGGGGCCUAAAAACGGCAUAUUUGUGAAAAUCACAAAGAGAGACGUAGGACAAGGUGAAGCCAGUUCUCCAUCAGAUGAUUAGAAACUCUUCUUGGAAGGUAGAAAACAAACUCUAUGAAAAGUUACAGAGAGCCGCGGGGAGGCUGGAAGUCUAUGAGCAAAGAAACCAAACCCAGUGGUGGUAGAAGCAGCAUCUUGGGUCACAUUACCUCUGGAGACGGAGGAGAGGAGCAGCUGCUGUGUCCUCCACCUGCUCGACAAGCUGCUGUUCCACUAAACACAUCCACUGCAAAAAUAUAAAGGAGCAAUGCUUUUAAAAGUUUCACUAAGCUCGCCAUAUUCUCCUGAAAAUGUGAAAGAAUGAGUACAAGCACUGGAUUUUAUUUUUCUGUACAUACACUGGACAGCUAGUCGACGGUGAGGAGAUGUCUGCUGGUUUAGAGUGGCUUACUCUAUCUUUAGUAGUUUAUCUGCUUUCAGGUAUUCAUGAUUUCCUGCAGUUAAUAUAAUGAGAAUAUGAAAAGGCAUUAAUUGAUUUAGUGUGUGUAGUUAAAUAUGAUGAUGAUGAUGAUGAUGAAGCUGCCUGCAGAGCUGGAGCAGUCACACAGGUCAAGUAGCACAACGCUCGUGAUUGAAUCUGUUACCUGAACAUGUCAGUUUGCACAUCCAUCCAUCUAUCCAUCCAUCCAUCAUCUCUACACCUUAGUCCUCACCAGGGUCGUA